GGGCAACAGAAACUCCGGAACACGCUUCCUUGGAAUAUUGUACCCUCCUUCUUGCUUUCUUUUCCCCUUCCCCUCUGGACGGAUUGGAAGCUUGUUGGUUGUCUUCUGAUACCCGAGACACCGGGUGAUAAUCUAGACACUUUCCGGUUGAACCGGCAAGUACAUAUUUCACCAGUCUGUCUUCUUCUGUUCGAAUCAAACAAAAGUUUAAGGUGUGCUUGUGUGUGUGUAUGUGUGUAUGUGUGUGCACGUUGACACGACCCCUUUACUGAUAAGUUGAACAAAUAACUCGCUCGGGUUAACCAUCAUUAUCUAUCUUAUCGGAUAACUUGGACAGAAUUUUAUAGUUUUACACUCAUCUAUCCAUCCCACCCCAUUGACAUUCUCCGCCCCUCGGCCCCUCUCAUAUCUCGACCAGGACAUUCGCGUGUCGGUACUUGUUGUCUCCCGUAGAAUCUUUAGUGUCUUCUCCACCUUCACUUCCGACAAACAUAACAUAAUACGAUCAAAUUGGCGACGACAACCCUCUACUCGACAUGUCAAGCCGGAAGAGAAUAUCGCAAGCUUGUAAACCAUGUGGCAUUAAGAAAAUAAAGUGUGAUGGCGGGGCUCCCGUGUGCGGACCUUGCCUAAAGAGAAACGGAGAAUGUUCUUAUGGUAUAUCAAAACGUGGGCAUUUUCCACGGAAAUUCAAUGAUGAUGGAAGCCCAAACACUGCCGGUCGUGAAAGCUCAUCUCACCCAUCGCCUAUUCAACAACCUUUAGGAGGUAGUCGCCUUCCUAUUACAUGCUCUGACACGCCACUCAACCCUCAAGGCUCUGUCAGGCCAUCCUCAGGUUAUACCCACAGCUCGUCGUCGCAAAGAAAAGAUGCCGGACCAAAGAAAUAUCCUUUCAAUGCUGAGGUAACAAAGCGUUUGUUUCAAACUUACUUCGAUUGUAUUCAUCCACUAUGGCCGAUUCUGUACAAACCCAUGUACACUUCAUUCGAUUACAUGUACCCUUCACCAACCAUCCCAAAUGUCUUGGCAUGUGCAAUGUUCGCCAUCGCGGCUUGUGUAGAAAAGCUUCAACCGGUUUCACAGCCAUUCGAUGACCCGCACAUCAUGGGAUCGGAAGAGCCUCGCUUUUAUUUCGAGGAAUCCCUGAACUUGCUACAAAGAAGCAAUGAUACCAGUGAUAAAUCAUUGAAGAAUGCUUUCACUCCUUCAAUCGUAAAUUGCCAAACAUUGACAAUACUUUCACUGCAGCAGCAUGGAGUAGCUGAAUAUUCACGAGCGGCGAUUUUCUGUGGACUUGCGUCAUCAAUGGCUAUCGAGUUACGCCUGCAUAGACCUCACGAAGCGCAUGGUCCACAGUGUGAAAUUCGUUAUCGUCUCUGGUGGAAUCUAUUCAUUCUCGAGAAGAUGAUUUCUUGCGAAAUGGGGAGGCCAGUGAUGUUAAGAGUCGAGGAAACUGACACUCCAUAUCCCUCGACCUCCGAGGCGGAUGAAUUUGAACUACUUCCUAGUAGAAUGAAGCGACAGAAUACGACUAAUAUAAAUGUUGUUGGCAAGAUGCAUACGCUUUCAAUCCUUGUGACAACUAUUCAACUUUCAGUCACAAUGGAAAGACUUUCGAGAGAAGUGUAUGGUUUGAUGAGCCGGAGAGCAAUUCGGGAUGACCGAAGCUUCGGUGAAGGAAAACGCAUGGAGAUAUGGUCUUCUUUUCAGAAGUGGGAGAGCGAUACUGAAGCUUCCCCCUUACGCUUAGAUUUGAGCAGCGAUGUGACGUCAGUUCCUGGUGUCGUUACUAACUAUGUUAUCAUGCACUCAGGAGUGAUUCUUUUACAUCGCCCUUUCAUUGCUCGAUGGAUAUCAAACCCUGCAAGUACCAAUGCAUCGGCGCACCCGCUCAAGAUUUGCCUGAAUAGUGCCAAUGCAAUUUGUGCUAUCUUGGAGAAGUACUUCGAUCAUUUCUAUGGCCUGCCAUGUGACAUGGUAUUUAGUAUUUUUACAGCUGCAAGCACGCUUUUAUAUCAAUCAAAGCAACCGGAUGGGGGUGAUAAUGCAGAAUCACAACGCCGUCUCAAGAUGUGUAUUCACUGGCUUUCUGUUCUUGGAAAAGGUUGGAAUAGUGCUGGAGCUCGCCAACAGCUUUUGGUAGAUUUAUCAGCAAUGCCACGGGAUGUUAAUAUGACAACUCUAGUUAAUGCAGCCGCAGCUGUUGAUGCCCAGGAAUCAACAUCCUCACAGCUUUUAUCUGAGCAGGAAUUAAUGUAUGCCCGACACUCGACAGCAGAUACUACUCCUGGCACAGCGAAACCUGGAGCAGCAGAGGACUGGGAGUUUUUGAGAGGAUUUGGAGAUUCUUCUGAUGAAUUUUACAUUCUAGAUGAAGAACUUCGAGUUUUACUUGAGAGUGAUCAGCAGUGGAAUCUCUAAGUUCCAUAGCUCAGUUCGUUAAAAAAGGAAUCAUUACGCUUAUCA